AGACCUAUGGAAAUUGGAUCAAAAAAGCCUGUAGGACGCUUCCGUCAGGUUGUAGAAGUUCCAACUGUGAAACGUCGUGAUCCUCGAUUUGACAGUCUGAGCGGGAAAUUGGACACAGAUCUGUUCGAAAAAUCGUACUCAUUCCUCAAAGACUAUCAAGCGGACGAAAUGAAGAAACUAAAGGAGUCGAUCAAGAAGGCGCGUGAUCCUGAAACAAAAGAGAAAUUACAACGGCAGUUGAGUCGCAUGUUGGAUCGACAGGCAACAGAGGCUUCUGAGAAACGUAGGCAGGAGAUUAAACGAGAGCAUAAGCGUAAAGAAAAGGAAUUGAUCGCAAAGGGCAAGAACCCGUUCUUCUUGAAGAAGUCAGAUCAAAAGAAGCUGGAGCUCAUCGACAAAUUCCAGCAUCUUAAAGAUAAUCCAAAGGCUUUGGCGCGGGCGAUGGAAAAGAGGCGGAAGAGAAACUCUGCAAAAGAAAAGACAAAGGUUUUGGGUGCUAAGCGUCGUAGAUUCAACUAG